GAUGUUUUGCCUGCGUGUAUGAAUGUUUGCACCACAUAACCAUCUAGUGCCUGCAGAGGCCAAAAGCAGGUUUCAGAUCUCCUGGAGCUGGAAUCACAGACAGUUGUGAGCUACCACGUUUCCACCAGCUGUGCAUGCCUCUGACAUUAUGACCGCAGAAGAUUCCACCACAGCCAUGAACAGCGAUCCAACAGUGGGGUCCUCCGCCAAGGUGCCAGAGGGCGUGGCGGGCGCGCCCAACGAGGCUGCGCUCUUGGCGCUGAUGGAGCGCACGGGCUACAGCAUGGUGCAGGAGAACGGGCAGCGCAAGUACGGUGGACCCCCGCCCGGCUGGGAGGGCCCGCACCCCCAGCGCGGCUGUGAGGUCUUCGUGGGCAAGAUCCCGCGCGACGUGUAUGAAGACGAGCUGGUGCCUGUGUUCGAGACCGUAGGCCGCAUCUACGAGCUACGCCUCAUGAUGGACUUCGAUGGCAAGAACCGAGGCUAUGCCUUCGUCAUGUACUGCCACAAGCACGAGGCCAAGCGAGCUGUUCGUGAGCUCAACAACUACGAGAUCCGCCCGGGCCGCCUGCUGGGGGUGUGCUGCAGCGUGGACAACUGCCGCCUCUUCAUUGGCGGCAUCCCCAAGAUGAAGAAGCGCGGAGAGAUCCUGGAGGAGAUCGCCAAGGUCACCGAGGGCGUACUCAAUGUGAUCGUGUACGCCAGUGCGGCGGACAAGAUGAAAAACCGAGGCUUCGCCUUCGUGGAGUAUGAGAGCCAUCGUGCUGCGGCAAUGGCACGUCGCAAGCUCAUGCCGGGUCGUAUCCAACUGUGGGGCCACCAGAUCGCUGUGGACUGGGCCGAGCCCGAGAUCGAUGUGGACGAGGAUGUAAUGCAGACAGUGAAAAUACUCUACGUGCGCAACCUCAUGAUCGAGACCACGGAGGAGACCAUCAAGAGGAGCUUCGGCCAGUUCAACCCGGGAUGCGUGGAAAGGGUAAAGAAGAUCCGUGACUACGCCUUCGUGCACUUCACUAGCCGCGAGGACGCCGUGCACGCCAUGAACAACCUCAAUGGCACGGAGUUGGAGGGCUCCUGCCUGGAGGUCACGCUGGCCAAGCCUGUGGACAAAGAGCAGUACUCGCGCUACCAGAAGGCAGCCAAGGGCGGUGGUGGCUCGACUGAGGUGGCAGCGCAGCAACCCAGCUAUGUGUACUCCUGUGAUCCCUACACGUUGACUUAUUAUGGCUACCCCUACAACGCGCUCAUCGGGCCCAACAGGGACUACUUCGUAAAAACAGGCAGCGUAAGAGGCCGAGGGCGAGGCGCGGCUGGAAACAGAACCCCAGGGCCCAGGGGUUCCUACCUCGGAGGAUACUCUGCUGGCCGUGGCAUAUAUAGCCGAUACCACGAAGGCAAAGGAAAACAGCAGGAAAAAGGAUACGAACUUGUGCCGAAUUUGGAAAUCUCUGCUGUCAAUCCAGUUGCCAUUAAACCUGGCACAGUGGCCAUCCCUGCCAUCGGUGCCCAGUACUCCAUGUUCCAGGCAGCCCCAGCCCCUAAAAUAAUUGAAGAUGGCAAGAUCCACACGAUGGAACACAUGAUCAGCCCCAUUGCCGUACAGCCUGACCCUGCCGCUGCCGCCGCCGCCGCUGCCGCCGCCGCCGCCGCUGUCAUUCCUACUGUAUCUACACCGCCACCUUUCCAGGGCCGUCCGAUAACUCCUGUGUACACCGUGGCACCAAACGUUCAGCGAAUCCCUGCCGCUGGCAUCUACGGGGCCAGCUACGUCCCCUUUGCUGCUCCGGCCACCGCCACGAUCGCCACACUACAGAAGAACGCUGCUGCGGCCGCCGUGUACGGGGGCUACGCCGGCUACAUACCUCAGGCCUUCCCCGCCGCCCUCCAGGUGCCCAUCCAUGACGUCUACCAGACUUACUGAGACCAGGGACCGAGGCAAGCCACCAAACACCGCUGAAGGAACACUUUAUUAUUUAUGAAGAAAGAACGUGUCAGAUCGGCACACCUGCAAAGUCUGCAAGUGAAGAAUGUUAUCAAAUAUAUCACAUUGAGAUAUUUUAUAUCUAUGAAGUUUUCACCAGUU